AUGGAUCCAGUACAAGAAAAUAUCGGUAAUGAAAAGGCAUUAGUGGAACAGCUAAAUGAUGAAUUUAAAAAGAAGGUGUUGCCAGUGACUAUAUUUGUUGGAAUUGAAGUGGUUUUGGGCUUUUUUGGAAAUCUUUCGGUGCUUUAUGUGUUUCUAUUCCAUUACCCUGUGUGUAACUUUAGAUAUUUUGUGUUAUGUUUGGCGUUUAUCGACAUAAUAAGUACGCUGACCACAAUGCCGGGUGAGAUGGUAACGCAUCUAUACUGGUAUGUAUAUCCUGUGGCGGAAGUGUGCAAAGUGAAAUCGUUCUUUAACAUGUUUACAGUUUCGGCGGAGGCAUUAUGUCUGUUAACAAUUGCAAUAGAUCGAUACAGAAAGGUUUGUCAACCAUUUGGUUGGCAGAUCAAACCGAAAGGGGCACUGAUUGUCAUUUUGUUGAUCUACAUCGUCUCACUUAUACUCGCGAUGCCAGUUCCAUUUCUUUGGGGUAUUAGUUUUCACCAGGAGGUUUAUAGAGGCGUAAACAUCACAACUACUAUAUGUGAGAAAGAUGGUAAAUACAAGCUAACGAAACGACCUCUCCAGUACUCGAUUACAAUGGAGUCCAUCUUGAUAAUCUGCUUGAUUGUAAUGUUUGUUCUGUAUGUGCAGCUCGCAAGGAGGAUAUUACUGAAGAAAAGACGUAGAAAACGCUGGUCCGCUAAAUUUGAUGUCAUGGUGACAAGCUCUUCGUUUUCAACAAAUGCUCAUGAAAUGAAGGCAUUACAAGAUCACAGUGAAAUUGCAUACAUUUCCAGUAUAGAGAACAGUCGUAGGAAGCUUAACCGCCAAAGUGAACAACAUCCUUUUAUUGAAGGAAAUCCAGUUAUCACUCACAAACCAAGCGAACAACAGUUGUUAGAAGGACAUCUGGUCACCACUCCUGAACUAAGAGAGCAACAAUCUUUAGAAAGAUAUCAAGUUAGCAAUUUCAAACCAAGCGAACAACAAUCUUCAGAAGGACAUCACGUCACAAAUUCUAAACCAAGCCUACAACAAUCUUUAAAAGGACAUCAAGUUACCACUUUCAAACCAAACCUACAUCAUACACCUAAGCAUGCGUCUGUAACGGCUCGACAAAUCAAACUCCAAACGGUCCCUACCGACUUCGACACUCCUACUGACGACAGCAGAGGAGUAACAUCAGAUGUUGAUGAUGCGAAAUCAUACAAGACAACAAAGAAACCACCUAAAUCCCGGUCUAAAAGGGCUUCAAGACACAUGAGGACAAAGGUCCGACGAAAGACUUUGAUUAUGUUCGUUUUAACUCUAACGUUUAUGAUAACAACGGUGCUGUACCUAACCCUGCUUUCCUUUAUUGCGAGAUCAGAUGACGUUAUACAUAAAAUGAGUCAUACAAAGAAAGCAGUGUACUUUCUAGCAUUUCGCCUAUAUUUCAUUAACCAUGUGAUAAAUCCAACUGUGUACGGGCUACUUGAUCCGCAUUUUCGGAAAGGGUUGCAGAAAAGGAGAUAA